GUGCUGUGGUUGUGUAAUGUCUGCCCUGCCUCACGGCCACUCCGCCACCACCUCCACCUCCCUUCCAUCCUGGACAAGAUGCCUGCCCCCGGCGCCCUCAUCCUCCUCGCGGCCGUCUCCGCCUCCGGCUGCCUGGCGUCCCCGGCCCAUCCCGAUGGAUUCGCCCUUGGCCGGGCCCCUCUGGCUCCUCCCUACGCCGUGGUCCUCAUUUCCUGCUCUGGCCUGCUGGCCUUCAUCUUCCUCCUUCUCACCUGUCUGUGCUGCAAACGGGGUGAUGUUGGUUUCAAGGAGUUUGAGAACCCUGAAGGGGAGGACUGCUCUGGGGAGUACACUCCCCCCGCGGAGGAGACCUCCUCCUCACAGUCGCUGCCUGAUGUCUACAUUCUCCCGCUGGCUGAGGUCUCCCUGCCAAUGCCUGCCCCGCAGCCUUCACACUCAGACAUGACCACCCCCCUGGGCCUUAGCCGCCAGCACCUCAGCUAUCUACAGGAGAUUGGGAGCGGCUGGUUUGGGAAGGUGAUCCUGGGGGAGAUUUUCUCCGACUACACUCCCGCCCAGGUGGUGGUGAAGGAACUGCGAGCCAGCGCGGGGCCUCUGGAACAGAGAAAGUUCAUCUCCGAGGCUCAACCCUACAGGAGCCUGCAGCACCCCAACGUCCUCCAGUGCCUGGGCCUCUGUGUGGAGACGCUGCCCUUCCUGCUGAUCAUGGAGUUCUGUCAGCUGGGAGACCUGAAGCGAUACCUCCGGGCUCAGCGGCCCCCCGAAGGCCUGUCCCCUGAACUGCCCCCUCGAGACCUGAGGACACUGCAGAGGAUGGGCCUGGAGAUCGCCCGUGGACUGGCGCACCUGCACUCUCACAAUUACGUGCACAGCGACCUGGCGCUGCGUAACUGCCUGCUGACAUCCGACCUCACCGUGCGCAUCGGGGACUACGGGCUGGCGCACAGCAACUACAAGGAGGACUAUUACCUGACACCUGAGCGCCUGUGGAUCCCGCUGCGCUGGGCUGCCCCCGAGCUCCUGGGGGAGCUGCACGGGACCUUCAUGGUGGUGGAUCAGAGCCGCGAGAGCAACAUCUGGUCUUUGGGGGUGACCCUGUGGGAGCUGUUUGAGUUUGGGGCACAGCCCUAUCGCCAUCUGUCAGACGAGGAGGUCCUCGCCUUUGUCGUCCGCCAGCAGCACGUCAAACUGGCCCGGCCAAGACUCAAGCUGCCCUAUGCAGACUACUGGUAUGACAUCCUGCAGUCCUGCUGGAGGCCACCUGCCCAGCGCCCCACGGCCUCGGAUCUCCAACUGCAAUUAACCUACCUGCUCUCUGAGCGGCCCCCCAGACCCCCACCACCUCCACCUCCACCCCGAGAUGGUCCCUUCCCCUGGCCCUGGCCCCCCUCGCACAGUGCACCCCGCCCAGGAACACUGUCUUCGCCUUUCCCCCUUCUGGAUGGCUUCCCUGGGGCCGACCCUGAUGACGUGCUCACGGUCACCGAGAGCAGCCACGGCCUCAACCUCGAGUGUCUGUGGGAGAAGGCAAGGCGGGGAGCUGGCCGAGGUGGGGGGGCACCUCCCUGGCAGCCAGCGUCUGCGCCUCCAGCCCCCCAUGCCAACCCCUCGAACCCUUUUUACGAGGCACUGUCCACACCCAGCGUUCUGCCUGUCAUCAGUGCCCGCAGCCCCUCUGUGAGCAGCGAAUAUUACAUCCGCCUGGAGGAGCACGGCUCCCCGCCCGAGCCCCUCUUUCCCAACGACUGGGACCCUCUGGACCCAGGCGUGCCAGCCCCUCAGGCUCCCCAGGCCCCCUCCGAGGUCCCCCAGCUGGUGUCCGAGACCUGGGCUUCCCCCCUCUUCCCUGCGCCCCGGCCCUUCCCGGCCCAGUCCUCAGCAUCAGGAAGCUUCCUGCUGAGUGGCUGGGACCCCGAGGGCCGGGGCGCCGGAGAAACCCUGGCGGGAGACCCUGCCGAGGUCCUGGGGGAGCGAGGGACCGCCCCAUGGGCCGAAGAGGAGGAGGAGGAGGAAGAAGAGGGCAGCUCCCCGGGGGAAGACAGCAGCAGCCUUGGGGUGGGGCCCAGUCGCCGGGGCCCACUCCCCUGUCCCCUGUGCAGCCGCGAGGGCCCCUGCUCCUGCCUGCCACUGGAGCGGGGGGACGCUGUGGCUGGUUGGGGGGGCCACCCUGCCCUUGGCUGUCCCCACCCCCCAGAAGACGACUCGUCCCUGCGGGCAGAACGGGGUUCCCUGGCCGACCUGCCCCUGGCCCCCCCUUCGUCGGCCCCCCCCGAGUUUCUGGACCCCCUCAUGGGGGCCGCAGCACCCCAGUACCCCGGGCGGGGACCACCUCCCGCCCCCCCCCCGCCGCCACCUCCCCGGGUCCCCGCGGAACCGGCCGCGUCCCCCGACCCCCCGUCGGCCCUGGCCAGUCCAGGCUCAGGCCUGUCGUCACCGGGCCCCAAGCCGGGGGACAGCGGCUACGAGACCGAGACCCCUUUUUCCCCCGAGGGAGCCUUCCCAGGUGGGGGGGCAGCCGAGGAGGAAGGGGUCCCUCGGCCACGGGCUCCCCCCGAGCCACCCGACCCAGGAGCGCCCCGGCCACCCCCAGACCCGGGUCCCCUCCCACUCCCAGGGACCCGGGAGAAGCCAACCUUCGUAGUUCAAGUGAGCACCGAGCAGCUGCUGGUGUCUCUGCGGGAGGAUGUGACAAGGAACCUCCUAGCGGACAAGGGGGCAGCGUCCCGGGGGACAGGACCCAGGAAGGCAGGGAGAGGUCCCGGGAACAAAGAGAAAGUCCCAGGCCUGAGCAGAGACCAGGCAGUCCUGGGCAGCGGGAAGAAAGCCCCGUGCCUGAGCCUCCCCGUGAACGGAGUGACAGCGCUGGAGAACGGGGCCCAGAGAGCCCCGGGCAUCGAGGAGAAGGUGGUCGAGAAUGGGGGCCUGGGAUCCCCAGAGAGAGACGAGAAAGUGCUGGAGAAUGGGGAGCUGACGCCCCCAAGGAGGGAGGAGAAAGCCCUGGAGAAUGGGGAGCUGAGGUCCCCAGAGGCCGGGGAGAAGGUGCUGGCGAAUGGGGGUCCGAUGCCCUCAAAGAGCGAGGAGAAGGCGUCCGAGAAUGGGGGCCCGAGAUUCCCCAGGAGCACGGAGAGGCCACCAGAGACUGGGCCUUGGAGAGCCCCAGGGCCUUGGGAGAAGACGCCCGAGACUGGGGGUCCAGCCCCAGAGACCUCCCUGGAGAGAGCCCCUGCCCACGGCGAGGUGGCCUCGCCCCAGAACGGCUUGGAGACGGUCCCUGGCCCACGUGGCCCAGUCCCCAAGAGCGGGAUGCUGGAACCCGGGACCGAGAGGAGAGCCCCCGAGACUGGGGGGGCGCCGAGAGCCCCAGGGGCUGGGAGGCUGGACCUCGGGAGUGGGGGCCGAGCCCCAGUGGACGUGGGGAUGGUCCCCGGCGGCGGCCCCGGAAGCGACGUGGACGCAAAGGUCGGAUGGGUAGACAGCACGAGGCCACAGCCAUUGCCACCGGAGACCCAGCCGAGGAGGCAGGAGCCAGUGCCCCUGAGAUCCAGGCCGGAGGUGGUCCCCGAGGGAGACCCCGGGGUCCCAGACAACAAGGCCGGAGGAGACAUGGCACCCAGCGGAGACGAGGACCCCCCCAAAUCCGAGAGGAAGGGCCCCGAGAUGCCACGACUGUUCUUGGACUUGGGACCUCCUCAGGGGAACAGCGAGCAGAUCAAAGCCAAGCUCUCCCGGCUCUCGCUGGCGCUACCGCCGCUCACGCUCACGCCGUUCCCGGGGCCGGGCCCGCGGCGGUCCCCGUGGGAGGGCGCGGACGCCGGGGCGGCUGGCGGGGAGGCCGGCGGGGCGGGGUCGCCGGGGCCGGCGGAGGAGGACGGGGAGGACGAGGACGAGGACGAGGAGGACGAGGAGGCAGCGGGCGCGGCGGCGGGGCCGCGGGGCUCCGGGAGGACGCGGGCAGCCCCGGUGCCCGUCGUGGUGAGCAACGCCGACGGGGACGCGGCCCGCCCGCUGCGGGGGCUGCUCAAGUCUCCGCGCGGGGCCGACGAGCCCGAGGACAGCGAGCUGGAGAGGAAGCGCAAGAUGGUCUCCUUCCACGGGGACGUGACCGUCUACCUCUUCGACCAGGAGACGCCAACCAACGAGUUGAGCGUCCAGGGCCCUCCAGAGGGGGACACAGACCCAUCAACGCCCCAAGCGCCCCCGACGCCUCCCCACCCCGCCACCCCCGGAGAUGGGUUUCCCAGCAACGACAGCGGCUUUGGAGGCAGUUUCGAGUGGGCGGAGGAUUUCCCCCUCCUCCCCCCGCCCGGGCCCCCCCUGUGCUUCUCCCGCUUCUCCGUCUCGCCUGCGCUGGAGACCCCGGGGCCCCCCGCCCGGGCCACCGACGCCCGGCCCGCAGGCCUCACCCCAAAUGCCACUUCCUCGCUGACACCCCCAUCUUGGGUCCCCCACGAGGACAGGGUGGGGUGCAUCCAGGAUGUAGGGACACUGGCCAAAUGGCCCCGUGGAGAACUGACUCCCCAAAGACCUGAACCCCCAGCACCCCCAGAAGAGAUGUUGAGAGUAGAAUCCUGUGUGGAUGAAGGGGUCACUGAUACCGCUGCAGAUGCCACCGCCUCCGGGGAGGCCCCUGAGACUGGGCCCUCCCCCUCCCCCACCACGUGCCAAACGGGAGGCCCCGGUCCCCCUCCUCCAAGUCCCCCGGAUGGCUCCCCCGAUCCCUCGGACCCCCUCGGUGCCACAUGA